AAAAAGCAGGACUCACGUGUUGCACUUGCGUAAUUUAUCUCCAUCAAACCGUGAGGAGCGGUUAUUUAACCUUAACCUGCAGGAGGAGCGGGGAUGAAGACGCACAUCCUGCCUGGCACGGUGACCGAGAAACCUCCAGCACAGAGCGGCCACAUGAAGACCGACGGCGCGGCGCAGAUCCUCGGUGGCAGGAAGCAGAGUCUGAUCGAGGAUGCGCGCAGGGAGCGCAUCGGCAGCGGCUCUGCGGGGCCCUCCAGGUUUGGAGACGGCUCCGUGUUCGAGGAAAAGGACAGCAGGGUCACCUUGAACGUCCUGUUCGCGCUCAGCAACGAGAAAAACUCCGGAUUUUUCCAGACAGGGAAAAUAUUCGAGACAUUUGAGGUCAAACUUCUCUACAUGGAGAGCCGGCCGAGGAGGAAGUUGAAGGAAGGUGUUUCUGACCUGGAGUUCUUCAUGAGGUGUGAAGUCCAGCGCUUGGACCUGGACGUGUUCAUCAACUCGCUGAAACGAGUCGCUGAUGAUGUUCGCACUGUGCCUGAGGAAAAAGCUCCUUGGUUCCCUCAACAGAUAAAAGACCUCGACAGGUGCAACAUGCUGAUAACUAAAUUCGACCCAGACUUGGACUGCGAUCAUCCUGGAUACAAUGACUCAGAAUACAGAAAAAGACGAGCUGCCAUCUCUGAGCUCGCCUUUGGAUACAAACAAGGCGACCCACUGCCCACGGUGGAGUACACAGCAGAAGAAAUAUCCACAUGGAGGAAGGUUUACCAGCAGCUGAGAAGCAUUUAUCCCAGCCUGGCCUGCAGACAGUUCCUGGAUGGGCUGCAGCAGCUGGAGAAGGAGUGCGGAUACGGAGAGGAUCGCAUCCCUCAGCUCCGAGAUGUGUCUGCCUUUCUGAAAGAGAAAACUGGUUUCCAGCUGCGCCCGGUCGCUGGUCUGCUCUCAGCUAGAGACUUUCUGGCCAGUUUGGCCUUCAGGGUCUUCCAGUGCACCCAGUACAUCCGACACUCAUCUUCCCCCAUGCACUCCCCUGAACCGGACUGCUGCCACGAGCUGCUUGGACAUAUUCCCAUGCUGGCAGACAAGGAAUUUGCACAGUUUUCCCAGGAGAUUGGACUCGCCUCACUUGGAGCUUCAGAUGAGGAGACUGAGAAACUUUCCACGUUAUACUGGUUCACUGUAGAAUUUGGCCUCUGCAAGCAGAAUGGAGAAGUAAAGGCUUACGGUGCAGGUCUCCUCUCCUCGUAUGGAGAGCUUGUUUAUGCCCUGUCAAACGAGCCCGAGUACAGGCCGUUCAACCCUGAGGAGACGGCGGUGCAGCCGUACCAGGACCAAACCUACCAGUCAGUUUACUUUGUGUCUGAAAGCUUCGAGGAUGCAAAGAUGAAGCUGAGGAAAUACUCUGCUAGCAUCAAGCGUCCCUUUGUGGUCCGCUACGACCCUUUCACCUGCAACGUGGAGGUUCUGGACCAGCCAAGUAAGAUCCAGAGUGCUUUGAGCAAGGUCAGAGAGGACCUGAAGACCCUCCACAGCGCUCUGGAGAAGCUCACCUCAUCUUAAGACCAAGACCUGAUCAUCUGCAGAGAUCAUAAACAGAAAUGUGAAGGAAGUCAAAUUGAUUGAUCUUUCCUAAACCUAGAAAAUAUGACAGUCGUUUUCUUUUCUUUGUGUGUAAAGAUUAUGUAAAAAAAAAAAAAAAAAGGAAUAAAUGUUUAUUUUCAUGAAA